UUAUGCCUUAAAGGCAAGUUUCUCAUGUCCCACAAGACUUCUGAAAAGUUUACUAGAUACCUCUGGCACGACGUGAACCCAACGUCCCCUUAAGCACCGUGCAAAGCGAUGAAGCUGUGGGUUCUGCCGCAAUUUACUGGCAAAUCAGCAGUUUGGGUAGUGCACACUCUGGGGGUCUGAGUACUCUUGGAGCCGGUGCUCGAGUUGCCUCCUCGCUGCAGCCUCGAUCAGUCGCAGGAGAACAUCCAGCUGACCGCGCCCGGCAGCGCCAUUUGUUGCUUGUUCACCUGAGCGAAGCCACUUCUUGAGAAAGAGUGCUCACUCACGUACAUACACACACCUACCAUGGAGAACGGCUUGGCCGAGAACAUCUACGAAAAACCCGAUGAACAAAUGGAGCUGCAAGCCGCCUACGAGAAUUCGCCGGAGGUGUUCAGAGGGGAGGAAGUCGCCGACUACGAGGAAAUCACCGAAUACGACAAGGUCGCCCGCUCCCCCUCUAAUUCCCCGAGCCGCUCGCUCUCUUCCUCCUCCUCGGUGGAGAGCGCAGAGCUGAACCAUCAUCACGACGGUACGGAGCAGGAGGCUGACCGAGAGGAGCUGUUCCUCGGCGGGGACGAGGUGGACGAGCGGCACAGCUGCAGCCCCGCGACCCACAGCCCACACCUGAAAGGCAGUAGCAGCAGCAGCCUCAGCCCCAGCCCCAGCCCCAGCCCGGGACCGGGCGACGAUGACCUAGUGCCGCAGCAGAAUUUCGAUAUCUCCCUCUAUGUCAAGGCUGGCAUUGAUGGAGAGAGUAUUGGUAAUUGCCCCUUUUCCCAGCGCCUCUUUAUGAUUCUAUGGCUGAAAGGUGUUGUAUUCAAUGUCACAACAGUUGACCUGAAGAGAAAACCAGCAGAUUUACACAACCUAGCUCCUGGUACUCACCCUCCGUUCCUGACCUUUAAUGGAGAGGUCAAGACAGAUGUCAACCAUAUUGAGGAAUUCCUGGAGGAGACAUUGUGUCCACCAAAGUAUCCCAGGCUUGCGGCAAAGCAACAUAAUUCGAAUACUGCUGGAAUUGACAUCUUUGCAAAGUUUUCAGCGUACAUUAAAAACACAAGAAUUAAUGCUAAUGAUGGUCUUGCAAAGAAUUUGAUCAAAGCCUUGAAGGAGUUGGAUGACUACUUGAAUACUCCAUUGCCUGAUGAGAUAGAUGCUGACAUUGUUGAUAAUAUAACUGUGUCUGAUCGCAAGUUCCUUGAUGGCAAUGAGUUAACAUUGGCUGAUUGCAAUCUCCUACCCAAGCUGCAUAUCAUGAAGGUUGUGGCAAAGAAAUAUCGGAACUUCGAGAUCCCACGGGAAAUGACUGGAGUCUGGCGGUACCUGAACAACGUCUACGCUCGGGAUGAGUUCACCAACACUUGUGCUGCAGACAGUGAAAUCGAAACUGCCUAUGCAGAUGUGGCAAGAAGACUCUCAAGAUCCUAAAUCAGCAAGGGGUUCAUUGAAAAUCAGUUUCAAUGAUAAAAGACUUCUUUCAUUUGCCUUGCCUUUUUCAACCUAGAUUCAUCCAUUGGCACCAUUACAUUUCAGCUGUAUUCAUUUUAGUUGGUGUUCUGCUUGUAAAUAAGAAACAUGCUUAAUUACUCAUGAUCGUAAUGUCUAAUGCCUUUCGUUUGCAGCUUAUUGCUUGCCAUUAGAAUUGUAUGUGGCCUUCUAAGAGCUUCAAAUGAGUGGGUUUGCUCAUGGCACUAAUCUUCCUCCUGGGAUUUCAGAAAUGCUGCAGGUUCUGUCAAUGUCCCCAGCCAAAUUGUUAAAGGAGAAUGAAAUUGAAUCACAGCAAUGAUUGAGUUUGAAGAAGAGACCUCAAUUUCUCAGUCAUUAUAAGGAACUAAAGUAGGACUCACAGGAGAAUGUCCUUAACCAGUUAAUCCACGUUAAUCACUAGAACUUCAACUUCGAGAAGGCAGUGUUAAAGUUUUAUUACUUUAUAUCUAACUGAUUGUAGCUUUCCUUUUUUGAGACCCUAGAGGCCUGUGUCUGAGGCAGUCUGUCUCAAAUAAAUCAGACAUGAAAAAUUAUUGGACACACAAAACCAAACAACUCAGUUAUGCCUUUGUACAAAAUUGUUCUUUCACAACAGGGAUGCUACACUUCAUUUACAUUGCCGCCAAUGUUAUUGGGGGCUAGCUUCUCAUACAAGUGUGACCCACUUACUUUAUUUUCUUUUGUUCAUUUGACUUUUAAGGAUUGAGGUAAAGCAACUUUGAGGAUGGACUUCACCUAGUUCUUAAGAUCAUGAGACAUAGGAGUAUUAUUAGGUCAUCUGAUCGUGGCUGAUUAAUUUUUUCCCUGUAACUCCAUUCUUCUGCCUUCACCCUAUAACCCUCAACAAUGUUACUAAUGACGAACAUAUCUACCUCCACUUUAUGUACAUCCAAUGACUUAGCCUUACAGCCAUCUGUAGCAAUAAAUUCAACAGAUUCACCAUCCUCUGGCUCAAGAAAUUCCUUCUCAUCCCUCUUCUAAAGGGAAGUUCUUUUAUUCUGGGGCUUUGCCCUCCGCUCCUUGAAUCUCCCACUACUGGAAACAUGCUCUCCACAUCCACUCUAUCCAGGCCUUUUAAUAUUCAGUAGGUCUCAGUGAAGUUCCUCCUGCCCUCCUACCCCCAGUCCUUCUAAACUCCAGCCAAUGCUGGCACUCUCCAGCGAGCAUAUCUAUCCUUGUAUAUGGGGGCCCAAAACUGGUCACAAUACUCCAGAUGUGGUCUGGCCAAUGCCUUAUAAAGCCUCAACAUUACAUUCGUGCUUAAACUAGAAAAUAGCAGACAGAACCUUUUUUAUUUUGUAGACAAAAUACCAAGAUUUUUAGACAAUGCCCAACGAUGGUGAAAAUACUUUGCAUAAUUUUGCAUAAUUAUCCUAAAAAAUUUAGAUCAUGUGAACAUAAUUCACACAUGUUUUGCAGGUAAAAUUAUGCAGAAUUUAACAUAGGAAUGUAAAUGUAUGGGUUGACAUGUGUAUGGUAUUAAUCUUCAAUGACAUGAUUUUUAUUUCGGAUAUUUUUUUCUGUAGUUUUACCAACAGAGUAGGAAAAUGCUGCAUUGAGAGUGGUUAUCACAUUAGAUUUUCUUAUUGAUGGCAGUGACAUUUUGAUCCCUUAUGACCCUGAAAGAGGCAUACAGAAAUCUCAGAACUUUGGCCAAGUUGUCUUAGCUCAUUUGGAAGGAGAAAUAGAAUCGGCUGAUUGAAAUGUAUUUUAAGAUGUGGGAAAUUUUAAUUCAGUGUAGGUAUUAGUAUGUACCCUGCGUUAUAGCAGUUUGCUUCGUGGAAAUUCGCCCUUAUAGAAUUCAUGAAUAAGUACUUUUUACAAAAUUAUAUUUGGAAUAUUACUUCACUCUUACAGAAUUUUUGUGAGAAAAAAAUAACUUAAACAAAAUUUGAAAGAACCCAUAAAUUCUAUCAAGUCGAUGUUUCAGGCUGAGACCCUUCAUCAGAACAGGAAUAAACAUUGACUGCUUAUUCCCCUCCACAAAUGUUGCUUGACUUGCUGAGUUCCAACACUUCGUGUGUUCAAGAUUUGCAGCAUCUGCAGAAUCUCUUGUAUUUACAAUUUUUAAUCAAUUUUUAUCAAUAGUUUGCCUGAUGAAAAUUUACAAUACAGGUAGCUUUCUAGAAAUACUGGGGAUAAACUAAAUUGGUGGAGUAAAAAUGAACUUAAUCAUUAGAAAAGUAAAAUGUAGAUGGGUAAAUUGCGCCCUCUGGUGUUGCUUCUGAAACAUUGUUUAAAAAAUUGUCAAAACUGAAUCAACAGUCUAUAAUUAUUUGGACUUGUUUGAAAUGUUGAACUUUAAUUGAGACAGUGUUGAAGAAUAAGCUUGCUUUCCGAUUAACAGAAAGAACAUAGAAUGACUGGUCGCUGGGCCAAGUAACACUCUUUUGACUUGAUGAAGUGUAAAUUAAUAUGAGUGAAUUCAAUGUCACAAUGACUACCAGAGACACCACAUUUUUCCUUUACCCCCACACAUUGAUGGUUGAUGAGGUAGCAACACUGGUCAUCUCAAGAGCCAUUGUUUGGCCCAUUUAUUUGUUAGUUCGGCAGAUGAAGUAGAUAACAGCUUUAGCAGGCUGGCACAAGCAUACUUUGCCCCUUGCAAAUUCUUCCUGAUAUCAGCAGAGUACAGAAUUUUUUUUAGUCCAAUAAGCACAGAAAUUAAAUUCAAUUUUACUCUUAAGAUGUUAGAGAUACAAAUAUUGUACCUGCCAUUUUGUUUUUACAGUACUUUAAUUACUUCUUGAUAAAUAGCUAUGACAUUGUUUAAUCAGCUCAAGUUAAAAGUUAGUUCAAUUUUUCAAAUAUGCAAGUUUUUUUCUCUAUUUAAUAGUUUUUGUAUUAAUUAAGCUGGAUAGAUUCCUCUGAGAACUAAUUGUAUUUUAUUAAUCAUUGAGCGUCAUUACUUUUUCUGGACACUUUUAAACGAAAACACGUUCUUCUGGUAAUGUUGAACUGCCAUCAAAUGAAAGCUGGAAGGCCCUCUUUUGUGUACUGAUAUUUUCCUGUUUGCAAGCCCAGGGUUCUUCUCUUACAGAAGAAUAACAGUAAGAGGAUUUGGGGAUAGAUACCAUCAAAAUGACUUUGGGCCAGGGUUUCCUCAAUCAAUGGUAAGGGUCCGUGGCAUAAAAAAAGAUUGGGACCCUCAAUCUCCAGCUUUGAAGGUGCAGAAUUCCCUCCUCUCUUGGCAUGUAGUAGGGUUAGUAAUGCCAUCAAGAGAUGUGUUUGAUGCAAGCAUUUUAGUACUUUGCAUAACCCAAGCCUCUAAUCUGUGAGCAGCUGAACAGGGAGCGAAUACUACCAGUGGGUAAUGGGAACUGGCUACAUUGUUAGAGGAGUAAAUGCAAGUCUAAUAAUAUUGUGUAAUUGUUCAGUACCUGAACAUUGAAGAGUAGACACUGCAACACAGAAAAUCUUUCACUCACUUUAGUGUGCUUGGGGCAGCAUCUACUCCUGUGGGCAGGUACUGUAAAGAGUACUGAUAAUAACCCUCUGCUUUCAUAACACAAAGUGGAAGGGAGACUACUCCAGUAACAAUUAAAUGCUAUUUAACGGAUUGUCACUUUUCUUUGACAAUGAAUGUAACUUCAGCAGGUUGAUGGUAAGAUUGAGAACCUAUUGUAAGGCUUUUUCUCUGAAAGCUGAAGAAUGACUUGGAGGCUUUGAAGAUUGUAAAAGGUUUUGAUUAAACAAAAGCAAUUUCCUCUGAUUGAGGAGAAAGUCAAGAAAAUCAUCAACUUAAAACCUGCUACUACAAAAAUGUGCAGAAUGUUUAGGAGAAAUGCCUUUCCAAUGGGGAUUGUUUAGGAUGUGAAUAUUUACCACAGAAAGCAAUUGUAGAUGUUGUACUGUCCAAAAUAGAGAAGAUUAAAGUUUUAAGUAAGAUAUAAUGGGGUGGGUGAGGAACAGGUUUAGUUUUGGGGUUAUUCAAGCAAAGAAUAUAAGAGUUCAGUGGUUGCCAUCUGUAUAAUAAAUGUAUAUGAUUCUUUAAGUUAUCAGUUGUAAAACAUGUACCUUGCUCUUCUCUGGCUUGUGUCCUGUACAACACCCAUUUGAUGCACAAAUUUGAAAGUGUAUUGAAACGGAAAAUACAAACUCAUGUUUUAGAAUUUUUUAAAAAAGGCCCUUCAGACCUAGUUAACUAAAAUAUGAUGAUGUGAUCCUUUGCAUUAGGAGCUAAGUAUAUAACUCAUUUUAAUUUACACUGAAUUGAGUGAUAUUAACAAGUAUAGUUAUGAUGAAAGCUUUUUUUUUGUUUCUUAUUGACUACAUAAUUAGUAUUUUUCUUAACUGGAACUUUUAAGUGAUUAUAGUGAAGACUUCAUUGAAAAGUUUGCCAUUGUUGCUAGCUUGAGAUGUGUAAUUGUGUUUGAUGGACAAGUGUAUGGCUUUAUAGUAAGACUGUUUAAGAAUCUUACCCACAAUGUACAAUGAAGAAAACACUGGAGAAAGCUAGAUGCUGAAGUGAUUUAAUUUUUUGCUCUGAUUAUUUGCACUGGUUAGAUAAUUGUGCCCAGACUUGACCAGCAGCUGCUAAAGAAAUAAAAUCAUAUAUUUUCACAACAUUAAUUGAAAUCUUUGUCUUUGUAAACAACAAAUUAGCUCAUAUUGUAACAAUCUCAUUAGUUGGGAUUGUGUUUACUCAUUGGAACUCAACGUAAGGGAGCUUUUUCACUGUCUACUGUUAAAAGCUGUACUCUUUAACAGUGUGGCACUGGUGGUUGCAUUCCACUUUGCCUAUCCUCAGUGGCGUGUCUAUCACUGGAAUAUUCUCUGCAUUUUCUAUCAUCUGCAGUUAGUAAAUGUGAGGCAAUGGUGUGUACUUUGGAAUGAUUUGGUAGUCACUUGAUGUGUUUCUCCAGAGUUGUAAUUAGUAACACAAGAUUCAGAUUUUACAAAUCUGAACCGAAAAGAGGUUGUUGUCUUUUUCUUUCAAUGACAUCUAUGUUUUU